CUCUCCGCCUGUGGAGCCUUCCAGAAGUCGCCGGCAGACCCGUGUGGCUUCCAGCGCAGCCACACUCCAGAUUUCCUUUUCUAACGCUUAUUAUUUUUAGGCUAAACAAUUUUUAAGUGUAAUAACCCUUCUGUCAACAUGUCCACUUUGGGGACACUUGCGUUUGAUGAGUAUGGAAGGCCUUUCAUCAUCAUUAAAGACCAGGACAAGAAGACUCGGUUAACGGGCAUUGACGCAUUGAAGUCUCACAUCAUGGCAGCCAAAGCCGUUGCGUCAACCCUUAGAACAUCUCUUGGACCUAACGGUCUUGACAAGAUGAUGGUUGACAGGGAUGGAGAAGUGACUGUCACCAACGAUGGAGCUACCAUUCUUAGCAUGAUGGAUGUGGACCACCAGAUUGCCAAGCUUAUGGUAGAAUUGUCCAAGUCCCAGGAUGAUGAGAUUGGUGACGGAACCACUGGAGUUGUUGUGCUGGCUGGAGCUCUGCUUGAGCAGGCAGAGCAGCUGCUUGACCGUGGAAUCCACCCCAUCAGGAUUUCUGACGGUUAUGACCAGGCUGCCCGCAUCGCUAUCGAGCAGCUUGAUAAAAUGGCCGAAACCUUCCCCUGCGACCCAAACAACACAGAACCCCUCAUUCAGACAGCCAUGACAACACUGGGGUCUAAAGUUAUCAACCGAUGCCACAGACAAAUGGCAGAAAUUGCUGUGAAUGCCAUCCUAACCGUGGCGGACAUGGAAAGGAAGGAUGUUGACUUUGAGCUCAUCAAGAUGGAAGGCAAGGUUGGAGGCAAGCUGGAGGACACACAGCUUAUUAAGGGAGUCAUAGUUGACAAGGAGUUCAGCCACCCUCAGAUGCCCAAGGUUCUGAAAGAUGUUAAAAUUGCCAUCCUCACCUGCCCAUUUGAGCCACCUAAGCCCAAGACUAAGCACAAGUUGGAUGUGACCUCUGUGGAGGACUACAAAGCUCUGCAGAAAUAUGAAAAGGAGAAGUUUGAGGAAAUGAUUCAACAGGUCAAAAGCAAUGGUGCUAAUUUGGCUAUCUGCCAGUGGGGCUUUGAUGAUGAGGCCAACCACCUCCUGCUGCAGAAUGAGCUCCCUGCUGUGCGCUGGGUUGGAGGGCCUGAAAUUGAGUUGAUUGCCAUAGCCACGGGAGGCCGCAUUGUGCCAAGGUUUUGUGAGCUGACACCAGAGAAGCUUGGUACAGCUGGUUUGGUGAAGGAGAUUUCCUUUGGCACGACAAAGGAUCGUAUGCUAGUUAUCCAGGAGUGCAAAAACACGAGGGCUGUCACCAUUUUCAUUCGUGGAGGCAACAAAAUGAUAAUUGAGGAGGCCAAGCGUGCUCUCCAUGAUGCUUUGUGUGUAAUCCGCAAUCUGGUCAGAGACAACCGCGUUGUGUAUGGAGGAGGAGCAUCAGAGAUUUCGUGUGCUCUAGCUGUCAACCAGGCUGCAGAUAAGUGCCCAUCAUUGGAACAGUAUGCCAUGAGGUCGUUUGCUGAUGCUCUAGAGGUGAUCCCAAUGGCCCUGGCUGAGAACAGUGGGUUGAACCCUAUUCAGACCAUGACAGAGGUCAGAGCCAGACAGGUCAAAGAGAACAAUGCCUUCCUUGGCAUCGACUGUCUCCACAACAACACAAAUGACAUGAAGCAGCAACAUGUGAUUGAGACCCUGAUUGGCAAGAAGCAGCAGAUCUUACUGGCUACUCAGGUUGUUAAGAUGAUUCUUAAGAUCGACGACAUCCGAAGCCCGGGAGAAAGCGAGGACUGAAGCCCAGCUGAACACCAAGAUGUCUGAGCUGUUCUGUUGUAGAGGUUUAAAGGCACUUCCUGAGCACCAUGUCCAAACCGCACUGCAUAUUGUUAUUUAACAAUUUAUACAAAGUGUUCAGGCUGUUGUAGUUCCAGUGUGACCAUUAAAAUGUUCUGUUGAA